AUGGAAAACCCUAAUUUAGAUGCGAAUAUUGUUGGACUGGAAGUACACUGUCACUACCAGCAAGAAACUGAUAUUAUAUAUACAGAAGAUAAGUGGACAUAUAUAUUUAUUGUUGGUUCAAAGACUUCUUACACAAUUCAAUCAUAUAAAUUGCUAACAACAUUUAGAAAUGUUAAAUUUGGUUUUUCUAAGACAGGACACCUAGUAUACUUUUAUACAAGUGAUAAAGUAGGAAGAAGAUACCUAACAUAUGAGAAUUUAAAUAAAAAGCCUGAUAAAAUUGCUUAA